AUGUGCCGGCACAUGCCCUGGAACCUCACGCGGAUGCCCAACCACCUGCACCACAGCACGCAGGAGAACGCCGUGCUGGCCAUCGAGCAGUACGAGGAGCUGGUGGACGCCAACUGCAGCGCCGUGCUGCGCUUCUUCCUCUGCGCCAUGUACGCGCCCAUCUGCGCCCUGGAGUUCCUGCACGACCCCAUCCGGCCCUGCAAGUCCGUGUGCCGGCGCGCCCGCGACGACUGCGAGCCGCUCAUGCAGCGGUACAACCACAGCUGGCCCGAGAGCCUGGCCUGCGACGACCUGCCCGUCUACGACCGCGGCGUGUGCAUCUCGCCCGAGGCCAUCGUCACCGACCUCCCGGAGGACGCGAAGUGGGUAGAUAUCACACCAGACAUGAUGGUACAGGAAAGGCCUCUUGAUGUCGACUGUAAACGCCUAAGCCCUGACCGGUGCAAGUGCAAAAAAGUGAAGCCAACCCUGGCAACAUAUCUAAGCAAAAACUACAGUUAUGUCAUCCAUGCCAAGAUAAAAGCUGUCCAGAGAAGUGGCUGUAAUGAAGUAACAACGGUGGUGGAUGUGAAAGAGAUCUUCAAGUCCUCAUCACCCAUCCCUCGAACUCAAGUCCCACUCAUUACGAAUUCUUCCUGCCAGUGUCCUCACAUCCUGCCCCAUCAAGAUGUUCUCAUCAUGUGUUAUGAGUGGCGCUCACGGAUGAUGCUUCUUGAAAAUUGUUUAGUUGAAAAAUGGAGAGACCAGUUUAGUAAAAGAUCCAUACAGUGGGAAGAGAGGCUGCAGGAACAGCAGAGAUCAAUCCAGGACAAAAAGCGAACAGCCGGGCGCACCAGUCGCAGUCAUCCUCCGAAGCCAAAGGGAAAGCCACCUGCUCCCAGGCCAGCCAGCCCCAGGAAGAACAUUAAAGCGAGGAGCGCUCCAAGGAGAACAAACUCGAAACGAGUGUGA